AUAUCACGAAGUCGCCUUCUGUUCAAGACAAGAUUGCUCAACAAGACAUGAACGGAAACUCCCCAGAGCUACCGCGAUUGCGACUAGGUGAAUGAAAGACCCUCAGGAAAUGGAGGAAGAAUAAAUUCAAACGGCUCUGGAUUUGUAAUGCAAGCAGCUUUUGUGGAGUUCCAAGGAAAUUUGCUUUCGUGCUUCUGGAUUUAAAAUCAUGUCUGUUCACAUUGUAGCCUUUGGGAAUGAAAGAGAUGGAUUUUCUGAGGAUGAUCAGCAGAAGAGUUUGAUAUGGACCUAUCUUGGGAGAAGUGCUUUAGUUUCAGAGACUGACAGUAAUUUGUUACUAAACUCUGCCAGUUAUCUUAGAAAUCCUGCAUUCACGGAGUAUCAAGCUUGUGUGUUUGGAAAUGUCAGAUUGGUGGUACAUGACUGUCCUCUCUGGGAUAUUUUUGAAAGUGACUGGUACACAUCUCGGAACCUCAUUGGAGAAGCAGAUAUCAUUGUGAUUAAAUAUUCUGUAAAUGACAAGUCUUCAUUUCAAGAAGUUAAAGAUAUUUAUGCACCACUGAUAAAGAAAACACUUAGUCACUGUUCAGUUCCAGUUAUAAUUUCUGCUGUUGGUGCAAGACAAAACGGUAUGUGCUAG